CUGGUACCUAUUGUAGUAUAUUUUCAUCGACUGAAUAAUAUCAGUUUAUAUGAAACCUACAAGUCAGCGCUCAAGGUUCAAGAAUCAUAUGACAUGCCUCGAGUUGGGGUUCGAACCUACGAAGUCCAAAACAACAACCUGGUGUGUAAACAAAAACCUGCCUGAGUGGCGAUUCUGCCUAUCUGUUGAUUGGACCCCGAGGGCCGGAUCAAUGAGUGUCUCCUGACUGUCCCCUGACUGUUGGGUAUAUAAUGAGAAGCUGAUGACAUGAAUGUUAGACUUCUCUCAAUUCGGCAUCCUGAGAAUCUCCAGACGGUCCGGACGUCUGUUUCUGACCUGUACCUUUGAGAAUAAACUAAAUACUCUUAAAGUGCAGUGUCUCUCGAGCGAUCCUUUCUUCAUCAUCAAUUCCAUCAUCAUCCUCCGGCUGGCGAGAAGAUACGACAUUUUUUGGCGUCACGAACAGUCUCGAGUGAGGUCCUCACAUCGUCACUGGGCACGAGGAGAACAUGCAAACUCCACACAGAAAGGACCUGGAACGGCCGGGACGACCGGGAUUCGAACCCAGGACCUUCUUGCUGUGAGGCGACAGCGCUAACCACUGAGCCACCGUGCUGCUUAUCUGUGUAACCGUGGGUUCAAAGUACAAAGGCAUGAACGGGACAAUUAGAUAGACAGAUAUUUUGUUCCAAUACUUUAAAUAAAUGACCUACUCCCGAUAAGGAGACUCGAUAAAAAAAAGAAGAAGAAAAGAAAACAGAUAAUAAAGAAUAAUAAAAUUAAAAAGAAACAAAAACAAAUUAGAGGUAAGCUAUAAUGGGAAAGAAGGACACCAACAAACUGGGAGGAACCACGCCGGUUGAUGUAGUCCAGAAAAAUAAUCCGUUAGUUCAAGGCAUCGCGGACAUUGCAAAAAUAUCAGAAAAGUGGCAUAAAAGGUGGCCAAACAUUGACCAACCGUGGCCGGUGGAGGGGACCCUCAACCCAGAAGUAAUUAAGAUAAUGCAGGUACUUGUAGCCACUUACAAGGUGGAUCAAAAGAAAGGAAACAAGGGAAAGAAACGCAGAGAGAAGAGAAAAGUGGAGCUUGCUUUUCUCAAGUUAUUUGAAGAAGAGGGACAAAAACUGAUUACAGCUGCGUCUGUAAUAGAUAAGCCCAAGAAAGUCUAUCCUCAGUUCCCAGUGUCCAGUCAGAAGGGGCGCCAUCAGAUCAGUGAAAAUGACCUGGAAGAGGACAAGGGGGGCUGUGACCCCAAAGCCAAGUGGAUGUUGGCGAGAGCAGAAAAGAGAGAAGACAGCGAGGAGGAAGACAGCAAUGAAGAGGACUCCCGGAUGACCUUGAGUGAAGUCAGAGAUUUGCAGAUGAAGAAGGAAGAGUUACUGAAAAAAGGUUCCCAGCUUUCAGGCAUGAGAAGUAGACUGCAAUCUAAUAAAGUGUCAGCACCAGGAAGCAUGUUCCCAGUGGUCAUCAGAGAACAAGGUUUCGAAUAUAGACCAUUACAAAGCACAGAUAUGUCGAUCAUAAUUGAAAAACUCCCCAUUAUCCAAGAUGGGGCACAUCCGUGGAUUUCAAAACUAGAUGAGCUUUUGAUCGGACAACUCCUUGCGAUGGGGGAUAUUAAGAAAAUCUUGGCCAAUAUCGUUGGCGUCAACGUUCUGGGAGAGAUCUUACAGAAAGCUGGACUUAAUCAGUACGUAGGAACCAGUGUGAAUGAUUCAGACUUGUUUGGUGCCAGUAGAGGUCAAAUGUGCAGGGCAUUGAAGGUCACGUUCCCGACGAACGUGCAUCCUGAUAAUAUAAUUAUCCAACCACUCGGAGAGGAAGAAAAUCCAAGAGCUUUUGUUUCAAGGUCUCAUCAAGUGUGGAUGAAUGUCACAGGCAACGACCCGGAUCUGCGUCGUAUGAACCAGUCGAUUUUGCGGACCAAAAUUCUGAUGGGGUUGCCCAUUGCAGUAAGAAACAAGGUGAAAGAGGUGGUCGGCAUUGGAAACAUGAAGAAGAGUGUGUACACAGAUCAUAUAGCCCACCAGGUGGAGCUGUAUCGGAAGAGGGGCGAUGACUUGAAAGAACAGGACCGAGAGACCCUCAGGAAACUUAAUCAUUUACAACUGGUGAGUGAUAAGGUUGAGAGGAAGCAGGCCUUGGCGAUGAAGAACCAGGAUCCACCAAAUCAACCUGUACCAGGUAUAGACAGAUUUUCACGAUGGCCUGAAGCGUGUUUAGAUAGAUGAAAAAACAAGUAUUCAAACUAUUGCCAAAUCUAAAGCUCAUUUGCAAGGUUAAAUACUCAAUAUAGUUUGUGGAUAAAACGGUGAAAUUAAUUUAAAGAAAACUAGGAAUUAAACAGCAUCUUAGUGCGAAAAGAAUACACAUUUUGUUGAUAUUUUAUGAUUCUUAGAAUCCUAAAACAGUUUUGAUUUGAUUUUAUGCUCUUUCGGAACUAUUUCAGUUCCGAGGGGGGAUAUGGUGAAAUAAAUGACAUUAUUGGAGGGACAACUGAUGUUUUGAUUUGCAUCUGUUCUGUAUGCAAAGAUACUGGUUCUUUUUUCAUUCUAGAGCAUUCGGGGAGAAAACCACUGUGGGGUGAUGGAGUAUUGAAGGACUCCAAAGUUGAAUGGAGCCAGACAAAAGAGGAACAUAACGAGAACCUGAAAAACUUUGAACGAGAACUGAAGAACGUCAUCGACACUACAACAAGUGUCAAGACUGCUGAAGAACUGCAAAUGUCUUCUCAUAUAUGAAAUAUUGGAAAUAUUUGAACUUAAUUUUCUUGUUUCUGUGUUAAUUGUUUGGAGAAAUGAUAUUUUCUGUUGUUUGAUGAAUAUAAUGGAACCUCAGAUGUUUUCUUUUUAGUGACGUUUAGGGAUAGAGGGGCUAGGCAGGAGGAGGUCCAGGUGAUGGUCCAAUGGGGCAACCAGCCUGACCCUGGACGUUAUUUUGGUUAUUAUUUGACUGAGGAAUUCCAGAUGUAUUUAAAAGUCAUUUCCUUUCACAAUUUGCUUAAAAUUGAGCAUUUCAGUUGUUGGAGUUAGAUGCACGGUUGCCAAGGCAGAGAAAGCGUGAGAGGAUUUUCCUGUCAACAUUGUUUUAUUGAAAUCAUAAGAAAUGAUUUCUGCCGGACAGGUUUUUAUAAUCUCACUAUUCUUGAACUCCAUUUUUUGAUACAAUUUGUAAUCGCUAUAUUGUUAGAACUAUACUGUUAGACGUGAUGAUAUUAUUGUCUGUUUUCGAGACUUUGAUUAGCCUCGAAAGGGAGGAAUAUGUAGUAUAUUUUCAUCUACUGUAUAAUAUCAGGUUAUACGAAACCUACAAGUCAGCGCUCAAGGUUCAAGAAUCAUAUGACAUGUCUCGAGUUGGGGUUCGAACCUACGAAGUCCAAAACAACAACCUGGUGUGUAAAUAAAAACCUGCCUGAGUGGCGAUUCUGCCUAUCUGUUGAUUGGACCCCGAGGGCCGGAUCAAUGAGUGUCUCCUGACUGUCCCCUGACUGUUGGGUAUAUAAUGAGAAGCUGAUGACAUGAAUGUUAGACUUCUCUCAAUUCGGCAUCCUGAGAAUCUCCAGACGGUCCGGACGUCUGUUUCUGACCUGUACCUUUGAGAAUAAACUAAAUACUCUUAAAGUG